AUGAAGACAAUCGUACUUUUAUUGGCCAUAGGCCUUACAACAGUUGCUUCGCUCCCACGGCAACAUGAGAGGAUCAUUGGCGGAUCAGUGACCAAUAUAAACACCUAUCCGUUCGCCGGGUCUCUUCAAAUAACCACCAACAACGUCCAGUUCCGACACAACUGUGGUUGUACCAUCAUAAACAACAGAUCCCUGCUUUCGGCGGCUCAUUGUUGGCCACGCAAUGCCAUCGCCAAUAGAUACCGCGUCCGGAUUGGCUCAACCAACGUGAGCAGUGGUGGACGACAGCACAACGUGGCUCAACUCAUCGGCCACCCGAACUACAACACACGGAACCAUGACAACGACGUGGGUGUGAUCAGGGUGUCCACUGCCAUCCCCCUCGGCUCCGCCACCAUCCGCGCGGGAAGCCUCGCUUCAGCCAACCUCAACAUCCCUGACAACUCCAACGUUAUAGCUAUUGGAUGGGGAUUUACCACAGUUAAUGGAAGCCCAUCGGAGUCGCUCCGUCAUGUUGGUCUCCAGACGGUCAACCAAGCCAGAUGCCAAAGCAUCUAUGGCGGCGGCACCAUCACCGCAAACAUGUUGUGCGCAAUUUGGCCAGCCGGCGGCCGUGGCUCAUGCUUCGGGGACUCUGGCACCGCUCUUCUCCGCAGCAAUGUGGUAGUGGGCGUCACCAGCUUUGGCGCUCAAUGCGCUUCGGCUCACUGGCCUGGUGUUUACGCAAGAGUUUCCAGAUACGUCACCUGGAUUAGGAACAAUUCUUAA